AGAACGAGCGCCUUCUCUUUCAUUUCUCCUUCUCUCUCUUACAGCAGAGUCUCUCUCUCGACGAAAUGGGAGAGGAAAAGCCUAAACCAAGCGGAAUCUGGCCUACUGUGAAGCCGUUCGUCAAUGGUGGAGCUUCUGGAAUGCUCGCCACCUGUGUCAUCCAACCAAUAGACAUGAUCAAGGUGAGGAUCCAACUAGGUCAGGGAUCAGCUGGGUAUGUUGCCAAGACGAUGCUCCGUGAAGAGGGUCUUGGCGCUUUUUACAAGGGGCUGUCGGCUGGAUUGCUUAGGCAAGCUACAUACACAACAGCACGACUUGGGUCAUUUAGGAUUCUGACGAACAAAGCAAUCGCUGCUAAUGAUGGGAAACCUCUACCUCUCUAUCAGAAAGCUCUUUGCGGGCUGACAGCUGGAGCAAUUGGAGCAUCUGUUGGUAGUCCAGCAGAUUUAGCGCUCAUUCGUAUGCAAGCUGACGCCACUUUACCUCUGGCACAACGCCGCAACUACACGAAUGCAUUCCAUGCACUCUAUCGUAUUGUAGCUGAUGAAGGGGUUCUGGCACUCUGGAAAGGCGCGGGUCCCACUGUAGUCAGAGCAAUGGCAUUGAAUAUGGGCAUGCUCGCUUCUUAUGAUCAGAGCGUCGAAUUUUUCAAGGAUUCUCUAGGUUUUGGUGAAGCCAGUACGGUAGUGGGGGCGAGUGCUGUUUCAGGAUUCUUUGCAUCGGCUUGCAGUUUACCCUUCGACUACGUUAAAACCCAAAUACAGAAAAUGCAGCCCGAUGCCACAGGGAAGUAUCCAUACACUGGUUCUUUGGAUUGUGCAAUGAAGACUCUCAAAGCGGGAGGACCAUUCAAAUUCUACACAGGAUUUCCUGUCUACUGUGUUAGGAUCGCACCCCAUGUCAUGAUGACGUGGAUAUUCUUGAACCAAAUCCAGAAGCUGGAGAAAAACAUUGGAUUGUAGAAUUCCCGCGAAGGAAUUCUUCUUCAGUGGAGUUGGGCUUUAACCAUUGUAGUAAGAUUUCGGCUGUGUACUGUAGUUGAGGCCGGUUUUGGCACUUAACAGGUCUUGAUCAACUCCUUAAGGAGAUUUUAUGCUGCGAUUUGAAUUGGGUAUAAUAAGAAUUCAUGGGCACUGUAUCCGAAACCACACUGAGGUGAUUUUUCUUUUGGGUUGACAGUAGUCUUGAAUUUGCUAUUUUGCAAGUACAUGUUUUAAGGGAUUUUAGAGAACUUUUAGCAUUGAAAAUUCCAGCUCAAAGCUCCAUUGCUAGCUUUAAGCGUGUUUUGCA